AUGACCCAAAGCGACGCAGCUUCUCUUCAUAGUCAAACAAGUACCAAGAGCUCACGCUCAUUCCUCUCUUUUCUGUCGCGAGAGAGUCAGUCAAACAAAGGUGCAUGGAGUACUCUCAGACAAUGGUCGCCGCACAAACCAGCCGCUUAUUCAAAACUCAAGCGCCUCUUUGUUUCGUCUGGCAACACUGAGGACUCUCCAACCCUCAAUAGUCGCCCUGUCUCCCUUGAUUCGGCCUCUACUUCUAGAACAUACCCAACUCCAGGCAUUCCAAGUAUUCUAUGGAACCGAGGGGAUGAAUCUGAAGAAGCUAUAGCCGAGCUCAACAACCGGCGUCAUCAGCGAAGACUCUAUCUUAUACGUGCUCAGAAAUGCCGGCCUUCUCGUUUCCACACACACAAUAAUGACAGCGAUAUCGACGACAUUGAAGAGCAGCCACGGGUGACUUUUGACAAUAUAUCUCAGCACCACAGCAAUUCUUCUUCUUCCUCUUCUACUCUAACCAACCCUGAUGUAAUGGUCGAAAAUAAUGAGUUAAAAGACAUGGAUCACAAAGUCACCUUUGUCAUACCAAGCCCGGUGCCUCGAUUCCGGAAUGUACCACCCCUCCCGCCCUCUUCACCACCUUAUAUGACCGUCGAUACGAUCCCUAUCCCGCCAGAAAUGGCUAAAGUGGAAAGAAGAAAAAGUCUUGUUCGUCGGAUAGACACAACCCAGGCAGAGCCCACGAUAUACACCCCAGCCAUACCACAGCAUGUUGAACCAUCAGUCGAAGAGGGUGAAGAAGCUAGCUCACCUCCCUCAAAUGAUAGUCUAAAUAAUAGUCCUCUUCUAUUCCCAUUACCUUGCUUCCGUGGUCAGUCGAUCACGUUAGGAUUAAACAAUACCCACCCAGAUCAUUACAUAUUAAUUUUCAAGUUCCUUACUGGCAAUAACAGUACUCGACCGUCCGUUCGACAUUCAAUAGCUACGAUCCCCAUGGUUCUGAAACGAUCCUCAGAAGCCCCCAGUCCACGAGAUAUCCAAGCUGAGCGUUACUUUAUCAAGCCAAGCGCAGGCAUGAUCAGAACUGGUGCUCGAUUUCCCAUCACACUGUUUCUUAAUAAUCCACCUGGGAUUUCUCAGGGAGAUGUCUUGAAAGAUAAAAUUCUUGUGAGGUGGGCAAUGAUUCAAAAAAACACAAAAGUCGCUGCAUGGGCUCUUGAGCUUCCAGAAGAAUCACGCCGGAAGUGGUUGGAGAUGUUGAUCCAGCAAUGGCCUGAUCAAAUUGUUGUCAGAGAGACUAAAAUCUAUAUUCAAUUCAAAUAA